AUGUUUAGAUUUGAAAUAUCAACAACUUCACGUAAACACUUCCCAUCAAUUGUUAGAAGACUGUAUCGUUUGUUUGCACAUGCACAUUUCCAUCACAAAGAGUUAUAUGAUGAAUAUGAGAGUAAAACAUUAUUAUGCAAAAGAUUUGUUAAAUUCAGUACAAAGUAUGAUUUAAUACAAAAGAAUUCAUUGAUUAUCAAGGAUUAA